UUUUAUCGAUGUCAAAACAACAGACACGCGCACCUGUUAAACUGGAAUAGAACGUGCUAUACCAUUGAUUCUUUCAUUAGUUAGUUCAAAUUAAAAUCGUUCAGAACGAUUACGACGUAAGGUGUAUAAUACUUAUUGCUGUUUUUUCUAUCGCGAAUCAUACUGGAAUUAUAAUGACAGACUUACUAAAGGAAUACGAAACAAUUAAGAAAUAAAUUGCUAAAUAACAGAAUAAAUUGCUUUCAAGUAAAGUUUAUAUUUAGAAUAUUCUGUAUCAAGAAUAUAUUUUUUUAAGUGCUAUGUAGUCAAAUACCAACUGUGACAGUAUUUGAAACGGAAUAGUAUGUUGAUUAAGGUAUGUAACAGCGUCAUUAAUAAUAUAUAUAUAAGUAUACAUAAAUAUGUUAAAACCAGUUGGAGCCAAGAACAAUGGCCGUUAAUUGCAACUAUAAAUGAUUCUCAAAAUGGACAAAAAGGACGAUCCUAAACUGAAAAUUACCGACAUCGUCGGCAAUUUAGUUAAAGCCGAUCAGAGCCAUGUUAAAUCAAGUCCCGUUAAUAAACCUGCAGAGCGCAUGGACGACGAUGACGUCAUAAUAUUAAACGUCGGAGGGAUUCGACACGAGACCCGUAUAGCAACCUUGUUAAAAAAGCCAGAGACUCGAUUAUAUUCCGUCGGAGAAACUGCCAAAGCGAGCGGGAAAAAAGAGUUUUAUUUCGAUAGAAAUCCACAAAUAUUUCCAUGCAUUUUAAACUAUUACCGAAUAGGAAAGUUACACAUGCCGACGGAUGUAUGCGGUCCGGCGGCUAAAGCAGAACUAGAUUACUGGGAGCUCGAGGACAAGGACAUUGAGGAAUGUUGUUGGGUUAAUUACAUCAGUUACGAGGAGACUAUGGAAAUGUUGGAGAAAUUUCAGGCGGAUGAAAGAGACAAAUUUCAUCCUGUUUAUGUCUCUCCAGAGGCUUCCUUUCUUGCCAAAGUAAAGCCGAGACUCUGGCGUGGACUUCAGGACCCAUACAGUUCAAAACCGGCUCUGAUUUAUGCCGUGAUUUCAUUGAUUGUGGUCCUGGUAUCGAUAACCGUAUUCGUAAUAGAGACUCUACCAUACUUUGGUUCUGUUUUCGUACAUGCUUCCGAUUCCACACGGAAUGUCACGAGCGACGAUCUUCGGAAAGAACUGGAAAUCUUCACAAAUGUUUCGCCAAAUGAUUGUCUUCUUAUAAUUGAUAACGCUUGCAACAUAUUUUUCUUUAUUGAAUUCGUUAUUAAACUUUUUGCCUCACCUGACAAAAGGAAAUUUUUCAAAAGUCCUUUAGUGAUAACGGAAUUGUUAUGUUUGGUUCCAUAUUAUAUUGGAAUAUUUAUAGUUGUGGCUCAUCCGGAUCCAGUCAGAGUUUUCGAUUUCAUCCGGGUGCUUUUCGCUACUAGAGUUUUACGGAUAUUUCGAAUUUUUGUAUUAAUGAAACAUUUUCUAGCUCUAAAGAUUCUCAUAUAUACAAUAAGAGCCAGCAAAAAGGAAUUAUUUUUACUUUUGAUAGUUCUUAUAAUAGGAGUAGUGAUAUUCGCAUGUCUUGAAUAUUACAUGGAAAUAUUUUCAAACGCGGAUGAUCUAGAGUUAGAGCACAUACCUUUAGCAUUCUGGUGGGCUCUAAUCACCAUGACAACCGUAGGGUAUGGUGACGUUGUUCCAAAAUCAGGGCUUGGAUACGUCAUUGGAGGAUUUUGUGCAAUAAGUGGUGUUCUAGUUAUUGCCUUAUCUGUACCUGUCAUCGUCAAUAAUUUUACGGUUUAUUACACGCAUGCGCAGUCUAGAGAAAAAUUGAAACUGCGCCGGAAGAAAUUUGAGCAGACUGAAAAAUGGCAAAGAUUAAAGGCUGGAUUGAAAAGCAAAUUAAAAAGCGGUGCAUUGAACGGUAUGUUAAAUGGAAUCAAGAAACGAAAUGCACGUGCCGUGACGCCAACGGAUACAAAGGCGCCGCCUAAAAUUCCUCUUCUGAAAUUAGGGGGCGGUACUAAAUCCGAUUCUGAAAAACCUUCAAAUAAGACAGAUUCAGAAGAAGAUAAACAUUGUCCCAGUACGGUACGAGACAUUGUGCUGGAAGAUGUUAGCGAGACUGUGAUUGGAAAUUCAAGUGCUUCUGAUGAAGGAAUAUCUGUGAUAGAGACUGAGAGUGUAAUACCAAAUGGUAAUGCUACUGCAUUAAAUAACGAUCGGAAGGAAACACUGAAAAUUCCACAAAAGACUCAAGUGCGAUCAAAGUUUUUUGGUGGUACCAUAAAUGGUCCAAAAUUUUUAAGAAAUGGCAAUAGGUUAAAAAAGGACGAAAGUAAAGACUUAGAAAUGUUGACUCCGAAUUCCAAAGCGCCAAAGAAACCUUCAUUUAGAGUAUAACGAAACGAAAAAAAUAUAUAUAUUCUCACAUGCCAAAAUAAAAAGUUACCAGUGACAAGAAAAAACUGAAUGUUUAGAAUACAUUUGAGCAUGUCAGUGUUAAUGGCUACAUGAUAUUUCCUGAUCAUUUGACGGCGAUAUGAGCAUGCGUUAUUUCCGGAUUGAAGCGUGGCAAACUCUCAGUUCAUGAAUAUUUUAUUUCACAGCUAUUAGAGCAUUCUAAUUUAUAUGACACGGUUGUCUUGGUGCAUAUGAAAACAGUGUAAGUUGACAAAGCCAAAGAAAGACUGUCCCGCUGUAUUGAAUCUAAUACAGAGCUGGUAUUGACAAUUGCGGUCAUUUAUUUGCCAUAAGUAACAUGGAAUGAAAAGGUAUAACCAAGAUUUUGUCCUCCAUAUCCAUUCAUUAGAACCACUGGCCUCAAAAAGCGGGAUCGUUAAAGAAUUUAUGGCACAACAGAAACAGAAAGGUUUUAAUCGUUAAUAAAAUUAGUUUGUAAACGGGGACUACUGUAAUAAAUGAAAUGGGUAUAACACAGAAUGAAUCAUAUAUUGUCUGAUAUAGCACAGAACAAUUUUACAAUAUCUGAAAUUAUACAUUUUAUGAAUGGCUUGCCAGGCAGUAGUCAGAUCUGUUGCCUGAGGUCCGAAGGACUGAGAACAAUAGGUUUAACUACAAGUAGUGACCAGCAAGUCAUUCAGUAAGUGUUACAUUAAGUGACAUCAGAAAUAAAUUUUCAUAUAUCUGCCUUCAAAUUUUGAUUUUGGCCAAAUGUAAUCUUGGUUCUAUGUCUAUUACAACUACAGGUCAUCAACACAUCCAAGAUUUUUUUUUCGAUCUUUAUAUACUGUUAUUACCAGUUAAAUACAAAUAAACAUUGUCAGCAUCAUUCUUUCAACAAAUACAAUUCUUUAACUUCUAAUCUGACAGAUACCAAAACCUUCAGCUCUGAAAAUAAACAUAUUAAACAUAUCCUAAUACAAUUACCAAAUAUCUUAUUUGAACAAAUAUAGUAAUUAAUUAGAACAAAUAUGGCAUUUUAUCAAACCUCCUAUAUCAUAUGCAUUCAAAUCUAUUCAUUCAAUUAAUACAUAUAUUUCAUAAAACAGUAAAACAUAUCAAAUUCAUAGUAUAGUGGUCUGAAACCUUAAAAAAUACAUGUAGAUAAAACAGCUCAUCAACACAUUUUAAAUGAACACAUCAAGGGACAUUUUUAUCAAUUACUGAUCUGAUGGGAUCAAACCCUUUCUGCAAAUACACACCACACACCCGUCUGUCAGUGCUCCGGUUACUGUCACUUCUCUACAAAAUAAAAGUCUUUGCAAAUCCAUAUAUUUCUAAAAUUAAUAGUGUGAUGUCAUAAUGUCGCGCGUGACUUGUACGGGAAAAUUGGUUAAAUUCAGUUCUAAUAUGCUCGUCUCUGUAAAAACACUCUUACGCCAGAAUGACGUCAUGUUAACGUGCGGUGACGUCAAAGUUUUUGUUGCGGCAAAGAAAGAACACUUCUAUAUUUUAUCCAGUGUUUGAGAUUAAGGGCAUAUUAGUAUCGAAAUACUUUAUAGCACAAGUGUGCUUUAACACUAUUUGUACACUCGGGUGGUAAUACGUCGUUCAAAUAAUUUCACUGCGCCCUCGUGAAAUUAUUACGCCCGACGCAUAACACCCAUCGUGCAUAAAUAGUGUUAAAGCACUCUUUUGCUAUAAAUUAUUUUUUAAUUAAAGCCACAGCAACAGAUUUCGAACUGUAACAAUAUUUACAAUAAUGCACAGAGAACACUUUGUACGAGCACGAAAGACCAAAAUAACACCAGUUAUGAAAUAUUUACUAAAUUAUCUCCCCUGAAUAUUAAAACCCAUCAUCAAGCACCUCAUUAAUAACUGCUUAAGACAGGAGCUGUUGUCGUAUUAUGUCAAAGUUCUAAAUUAAUAUUAGCAGAACCUACAGAAAUUACAAGUUUGUAUCUUUUGUAUACCUUGUAGGGCAAAAUAAUCAAAUACUUUUUCUGUGUUGAAAUUUUACUCUUUAUUUUGAAUUUUCGGACACUUGUCCUUUUUCAAGAAUAUGGAAAUAUUUUUCUGACUAAGUAAUAUCCAUGUAACAUUUAUAUCACAGGAAAUGAAUAAUGUUGACGUCCUGUCACUAAGACAACGUCACGUCACAUCCUGUGUAAGACGUGACGUCGUUUCCCGCAAAAAGGGCAAGGUGUCAACAUCAUACAUAACCAGAGAGCAAAACACAAUACUAAGUGCAGCAAGAUAUACAAAAUAAUAAUAAUAAUAAAUAAAUAAAUAAUAAUAAAAAAAAAAUAUAUAUAUAUAAUAAAUAAAAACAGCAAGAUAACUGUCCAAUUCAUUUUAAACCCCUAAAAGUUAAAAUAUACAGGAUGUCUAUACGCAGUCAGUUUGAAAACACUAGAAAU